AAAAUCGCAUACGAUUGCUAAAAAUAUGGCUUCCUCGACAAAUAUAUCAGAAGAAAUUUCGACAAACUCAACAGAUGUAGAAACAAUGCAUCAAUUAUCGUCACAUCCAAUGAAAGAAAUGGAAGAAGCGGUAACAAAUCCCGCCCAUGCAAUAGACGCAAUAGAACAAUCAUCAUCAGUUCCAUUAAAUAAAAUGGAAGAAACAGUACCAAAUGCAAUCCAAUCAAUAGACGCAACAGAACAAUCGCCAAAUCGUACGGACGGAGAAGAGAAAACUACAGCGGGUAAAGAAAAUCACAAUCAAAUUUCGAUUGGUUUGAAUGAAUCUUUUACUCAUUCGCUGGACAAGACAUCAAACUCGAGUCUACUUGAAUCCAAUCUUCCAACAUGGAAUUUAGACACUAGUUUCGACAAGCAGAUUUAUGAAUCUCGAACCACAAAAGAUAUUUUCGAAAUUCUGGAUGAUCCGGAAUUGAAUUUCAGUACUGAAGAGGUUCGAGACGAUGUAUCCAAGGUGCUCAUAGAUAAAACUUUUGAUCUGGACAAAGCAUUGGGUACGAAUUUGAAAGCACCCAAUGACGAAGACUCCUUCACAAGCAUAACCAAUUCAAAAGAUGGUGAUUUCGACAUAAACGAAGCAUUGAGAAAUCAAAACAGUACUCUAAAUUCUUCAGAUUACGUGCUUGCAUCAGAUAUUUCUAUUGAGCUUGACACAACGGGUAACGACAGUACAACGAAUAAUGAUUCGAUUUCGAAAAUUAUGCCUAGCCAAGCAGGGUCCAUAGAUAAUAGCAAACUCGUAGCAAAGCCGAGAAGCGGCAAUAAACGAGACGAUUUCUGUUUCUAUUGCAAAAAAAUGCAGACGGUCAUCAGUCGUCAUUUGGAAAUCGUCCAUAAGGAUGUUGACGAAGUAAAAAGAUUCGCAAUUCUUCCAAAAAACAACCCGGAACGAACGCAACUAAUCGAUUUAUUGAGAAAAAAAGGAAACCAUUUGUACAAUACGAGUUCCAAUUACAAUAAAGAUGGUAAACUAUUAGUAGGACGAAGGCCGAAGCAGGAACGACCUGGUACUCAAUAUACACCCUGUCAUAAUUGUCAUGUGAGUCUUUCAAAAAAGAGUAUCCGACGUCAUCGUCAAAAAUGUGUUGGAGCUUCUACGAAAGAUGAUCGAGCGAACACCAUAUUGUCACGACGUACUGAUGGAAGAAUUCAUGCAAACGCAAGUAAACAAUUGCAGCGCAUAUUUGCAGUUUUUAAUGAUGAUCUUGUCGUACAAUUAAUAAGAUACGACGAAUUGCUUAUUGAAUUCGGCAAUGGAAUGGCUGAAAAGUAUAAAAAAGAUCAGCAACAAGCUAUGAUCCGAAAUCGAUUAAGAACCCUCGGUCGUCUUCUCGAAGAAAUGAAAAAAUGCAGAUUGAACGCAGAACCGAAAAUAACAGAUUUCGCUUCGAUUUAUGAUCCAGGAUUGUAUGACUGUAUGCUAAGAGCAGUCAACACUUUGGCUCGUUUUAAUGAAGAGACCGGCGAACACAAAGUCCCAUCAAUCGUUACAUCUCUCGGAACGUACAUAAAAGCCGUUGCUGAAGUGGCAUUGCUCGUUGUGAGAAAAAAAAAGAUAGAGAAAAACAACUAUUACUCGAAGAUUACAUCUUUAUCCAUGACAAACAAUAUAGCACUAAAAUUAAUAGAGUUGCACACGAAUCCCAAGCUAAGAAAAAACGUCAACAGAAGAAAGUAUUACCAAGUACUGAUGAAAUAA